AGCUUUUUUGGCUCGAGCACCAGCACAGGCCGGUGCGAUGCCUUCGCCCAGCCCGGCGCGCGAUGUCGACAGCAAUGCGCCGAAGCGGCAGAAGACCGAGGACUCAGAAAACGGAGGAAAGAAGUCUGAGGCCUCCUGGGAUGACGGCUCGUCCUCAGGUGGCGACAUCCCCGAUGCUGUCCAGCAGGCGAGCACGGUGCAGAAGCUCCCCAGCGUUCCCUUCUGCCUGCAGACUUUGCGGGCGGAGGUGGAGGAGCUGCGCGCAGCGAUGCCUCCCUACGCCAGUGAGCUUGGGGAGCUCUUCAGGCCCGCCGUGGUAUGCGGUGACCUGGGCGAGCUAGAAGAGCCUGGAGAGGAGGGCCCGUGGGACCUGACUCUGUGCGUGCGAGGCGCGGAAGAGGACCCCGCGUACGGCUUUCCAUUCAGGAUUCGCCUGCGCUUCGACCGCGACCUGUGGCCCUCGAAGUUGGCGGUCGUCCGGUUUCAGUGCGUUUUCCAUCAUGCGCUCACCGACGAGUCGGGAGCUAUGCUGAUGCCCUUCUACCGCGGCCUGCCUAGGGACGACCGCGGUGCCUGCACGGUGCGGUUGAUGGUGCAGGCCGUGCACCAGUUCCUGAAAGACCCGUUGGCCUCCUGGAGAAUCCCUGCAGGCAAGGCGCCGGAGAAGAUCCGCGAUGUCCUCGACGCCCACAGGGAGGCAAGCCAGGACAGGUUCUCUGUGAUCGGGAGGUACUCCAUGCAGUACCGCCACCCAGAGCUUUUCGAGCGACCCCCGCGCUGGAGGGACGAGUGGCUCGCGCCAGAGUUCCGCCAGGCGAGGCGAGAGGGUACGGCCGAGGCCUGGCGGGCGAUCCUGAGAGAGGAGCUCCCUGGCGAGGUGUUCUCGUUCGUGCUGUUCACCGACGCAUUCUUGGAGCUGCUGGUGGACGAGAUAUUCAACUUCUACAGCAGCGGGCUGCCGGCAAGGCGCCCGAACAGCAUGAACAACUACGGCAUCAUCCUCAACGAGAUCGGGCUGGAGCCGCUGAUCGACGCGCUGCAGCUUGAGCUGCAGCCCCUGGGGCGCCUCCUCUUCCCUGGCCCCGGCAGCGCCUGGGACGGGCACCACUGCUUCAUCGUGAGGUACCGCGGGGGUGAGGACCUCGGGCUCGACAUGCACACAGACGACUCCGACGUCACCUUCAACGUGUGCCUCGGGCUCGAGUUCACCGGCGCCGGCCUGCAGUUCUGCGGGCUGAUGGGGGCGCCCAACCACCGCAAGCACACCUACACCUACAGCCACGUCCGGGGCCGCUGCGUCUGCCACCUGGGGCGCAAGCGCCACGGCGCGGACAACAUCGCGAGCGGGGAGCGCCUGAAUCUGAUACUGUGGAACCACUCCAGCGCGUACAGGGAUACCGACGCAUACGUCAAGCCCGACUACAGGAAGGAGGACGGCCCCCCCGACGAAGUCUGUGUGAGCUACACUCACGACAGGGACUACGGGAACUUCCGAGAGUACCCGCCGGGCAAGGAGAAGCACCGCGGCAAGGGCUGGUGCCCCAGGCGCUCGUUCGAGUACGAGGGCUUCCAAGCGGACUGCGAGGUGGAACGCGAGGUGGACAUGCACCAGCGGCCGCUCGGCAGGCGGGGGAGGCCUCGGGAACCCCGACUUCGAGGCUGGCCCCCACCCGCCCCGAUAUCGCACUCACCCUUCACUCCACAUUUCAGCCGCCGUUUCUUCCUCCCCUCCUCCUCCUCCUCCUUCUAAACGGGCUAGGAAGCACCAGGACGCUGUUCGGGUUUUUCGGAGUGCGGGCUUCGGCGAGAGCCUGUCGGGGUCCGCGGCCCGUCUCCUGGGGUACAGUGUGUAGUGCGUGUUGUGCCUAGGGUUUUGAAACUCUGUUAGGCUUCAGGGCGGGCUGGAGGCCCGAAUUCGCGGCAGUUAUGUCGGUCCUAGGGCGCUUGAUUCACUUCGGAUAAACUAUUGGCCCCCAGAGGUGUCUGUCUGUCCUCCUCUCCCACCCCACACAGUCGCCAGAUCCUGCUCUGGCCCUGGGGGUCGCCCCCCCCCCCCCCCCCCCAGGCGGUGGACGUAUGCGAAUCCCUGCCCCUGCCGAGGGCAGCUGACACUAGCCGCGCCCCGGCGUGCCA